AUGUUAGUGACUUUUGAGAUUGGAUCUACCAAUAAUUCUCAAGUACUACUGAGUCUCGCUGCUCGAGUGGUAUUACUUUUGACAAUCUUCUUCUUUCUAUCACAAAGUAUUGUAUAUGGACGUGUCCUGUCUCAUCAAUACGUACUUCAAUGUAAACGUCUAUCUUACAGUCUUUCUUUAGCAUCUUCAAUUGAGAUUCAUGAAGGAACGACCCUAGCAGAUAAACGACCCUAUUCUUCUGUUCCUGAAGCUCCUGUUGCUUCUGUGAAUGUCGUAGGCGGCUCGGAGUCUGCUUUGAUGGAAGAAGAGGAACCAGCAGCAGCUUCUACGGCUCUGAAAUGA